GUCACGUUAGGUGAGGCCAUGGCAGGCUGGAACACCUUUUUUACCGUUUCGGAUGAAACUAGCGGAAGGAGGAAGGACUGGCUGUGUGCAGCUGAAGCUUAACGUCUGAAUCACUUCCUGAUUAACCCUAUCGACCGCACGAAGAACUGCGAGGUUCACACGCAGGAGGAGGAGGAGGAAGAGCAGGAGGAGGCUGAAGAGAAAAAGUGACACGUGGAUUAUUCCUCCCAGGGCAUCAGGAGCAACGCACUCCCUCCCGCUUUGUUCCGCGACUAGGUAAUGGACUAAAAAACAUUGUGAAUGUGACCGCGUCUAUACUUCCACCUCUACACGCUGGGGUUUUUUGUUCAAACUGACAAAUCGGAAAUAGGGUGAAAGAGAACAGCAGGAGCCGUUGACAAGAGUCUGCCGUCACUUCGCGUUGAAUGGCAGUUAUUCAAAAACAUGGUAAGAACUCUAGUCCAGAUUUGGCCUUUCACAAGGAGAACCUCCAACCUGACAACAUCGGAGCUCCUGGAUGCCACAAGAAGUGGCCCGAUGCCCACUCUAACUGGCCGAGGCCAGUGGCGAGGAUAUGGACAGUGGUGCUGCUGUUGGGAACAUGCCUCCUUUACUGCGCCCGUGUAGCGAUGCCCAUCUGUGCUGUCAGCAUGGCGGAGAAGUUCAACUGGACCAAGAGAGAGUCUGGCAUGGUGCUGGGCAGCUUCUUCUGGGGAUACUGCUUCACCCAGGUGUUUGGCGGUUAUGUCAGUGAUCGUGUGGGAGGUGAGAAGGUUCUCCUGCUCUCGGCAGCAGCCUGGGGGUCCAUGACAGCUUUCACUCCGAUCCUCGGCCACCUCUGCUCCCAGCCAAUCUUCUCCAUGACGCUGGCCCGCUUCCUCAUGGGCCUGUUACAAGGAGUUCAUUACCCUUCUCUGGCAAGCCUGUGCUCGCAAAAGGUGGUUGAGAGUGAGCGAGGCUUCCUCAUGAGCACUGUGGGAAGUGGGUCCUAUCUGGGCACUCUUGUGAUUGGAGGUAUUGGUUCCCUCAUGCUGGACCUGUAUGGCUGGGAGAGUGUUUUCUAUGUGUCUGGUCUCCUGUCAGUCCUUUGGGCUUACUGCAUGUGGAAAUACCUGCUCAACGGAGAAGGCCCUAUAAUCACACUUGAGGCCCUGGGCAACGGUGGGACCCAGUCGAAACGUUCCAAAAGACAUUGGGGACGACUCCUCAAACAGCCUGCAGUCUGCGCUGUGAUAGUAACGCACCUUUGCACCGCAAGCACUUUCUUCACUCUUCUGUCCUGGCUGCCAACAUUCUUUAAAGACACCUUCCCUGAUGCCAAGGGCUGGGUGUUCAACGUCAUUCCUUGGUUGGUAGCCAUACCCUCAUCUCUUUUCAGUGGCUGCCUAUCCGACCAUCUUAUAUGUCAAGGUUUUGACACCACCUCAGUAAGGAAGUUGAUGCAGUUUUUCUCCAUGGGAGUGUCCAGUGUGUUCACGGUCCUUUUGUGUGGCAACACCACCUUCCCCUGGGCUGUAGCAUUUGUGUCGGCCACCAUGGGCCUCACCACCUUCAGUCACAGUGGGGUUUCUUUGAAUGUUCAAGAUCUUGCUCCUUCUUGUGCUGGAGCCCUAUUUGGUAUCAUGAAUACAUGUGGGGCAUUCUCAGGAGUCCUGAUGGUGUACUUUUCAGGGUAUCUCAUUGAGGCGACGGGUUCAUGGGGGUCAAUGUUCGCCCUCAUCACCACAGUCAACCUGAUGGGCCUCUUCACCUUCCUGGCAUUUGCUGAGGCUCGCAGGGUCGAUAUCGAAUCCAGUAGGGUCCGCCACAACAGCAUCCACAUCUAAAUCGAUGACGGGAACAGUGUUAUUCCUAAUGAAAAUGUGACUUUGGGUAAUCUAUAGGCAGAUUAUCCACAUUGGAUUAUUAUCCAAUAGAUGGCGAGCGGCAUGUUGCACAGAUGAAAUGUAAGAAAAGUUGGUUUAGUCCUUUGUUUACUAAGGGAGGACUGUGAAGGUUACUGAAAGCACACAGCAGAGCAAUAUUACUAGAAAGCUCUAGUUGGGAUUCAGCCUUUAAUCCUGGGAGGAGGAGGCUCUGUAAAUUCAGAGAAAAUGUUGGAGAGUAUAAUUACACUAUGUCCAGGUUACAGCUUGUGAAGUGGUUCAACAUUUGCGAGGAAACUGUUUACAUUUGUCUAUAUUAUAGGCCAUGUCAGAAGUGGAAAAGAUAGUUCUUUGAGAGCGGUUGCUCAGAGGGGGUUCUGAGAGUCAGAGUGGUGUUAAUCUGAAGUGCUCUCUGACAGCUGUGACAGACAAAUCCGGGGUCCUUUUCUUAUUUUGUAGGUGACCCAAGGAGAGUCCUAACUCUUCUACCUGAAAUAUUUUACCCAUACGCCCAAUUCACUCAUCACGAAGAUAACUAUCCGGAUGACACUUCAUUACGCAGCCACUGAUGACUCUGGCAAACACCCUUAAUGUUCUGUACUAUUUACCUUCAGUGGACCUUGUGUUCACAACUACAAACUCAUCAUGUCAGUUUUCAAAAGGGGUGACAGAAAGCUUUAGGGCUUCAGCUGAGUACUUUCUCUCUGAUAGGUGUAUUAAAUACCAUGAUGCAUUUGUUAAGACCAAAGGUUAAUAGUAAAGUAUUUUCCAUGUAAUUGCUUCUAAUAAAAUACCUCAUUAAGUUAUUUGAGUAAAUUCAUAUUUAUAUGGCUUUGAAAUAUUUUUCUUUGGGAAUAAAUGAAUGUGUAAAGUAAAAUCUGAAGAGGACAAAUCCAAGCAAUUUGAUAAGCAUGAAAAAGCCAUUAAGACCUGAUUGUGUGUGAGUAAAUCCUAACUUGUUUUUCCACUGAAAGAUAAUGUAUUUGUGUUAAGUGCUUGUGUAAAGCAAAAGAAUAUCCAUCUUUUCGUUUUCAUUGUCCCACUUGAAGCGUUUGUUACGGAGGUCUUAGACUGUAAAUAACUGUGGGAGUGGGGAAACUUAAAACAGUCUCUUCAUUGUUUCAUUAAACUUAUUUGUAUUUUCUACACUUGACAUAAAGGAUAUCAAUGUAGAUAAAAGGGUUAAAGAGAUUUAUUGGAAGCUACACUUUUAAACUAUAGCAAUGUUACUACAGAGCACAUAGCAACCUAAUGCCAGCUGAAUAAUUCUGUCUGUGUUGAAACUAUGGCCUUCAGAGCACAGUUGUAGUUUUUAAUUGAUAUUUGCAAGUUUUCAUGCUAAAUCCAGAUGCUUACUCAUUGUCUGUACCUUUUUAUCUAUGCCUUUAUUAUUUGUGCCUCAACAGAGGAAUUACAGAUUUGCAGUUCAAUUAUUUGUAUCUUAUUACUUUUGCUUCACCUGGUUUAUGUGCAUAAAAAGGCAUGUGAUUUAUUUUGGAUUAAACAUCUUGUUGUACAGAUUUAGUUUUGGAAAUGUUUAUCGCAUUUCAAUAAAUUAAGUUUUGGCACAAAUGUA